AGUUCGGUCCACAUAGCCUAACUGUCAACAUCCUGGACAUCAGGUCAAAGCUGCAGCAACGGCCUACCACUAACUGCAGCCAGAGGGCGAUACAGAUUACCCCACCUUCUCCACUGUCUGGCACAGGUGUAUAGUGAGCAGUCAAAAUGGGUAAUACAUCAUCUGGCGCAAGUCAAGGGCCAAACCAGAAGAAAAUCUUAAAGCAAAAGGUGGUGAAAGCCUCUGAUGUAUGCGCUAAAAGUUUGUUAAUGCAACAUGUAGAAGAAGAGCAAGUGUUAUUGGGGUCCAUGGCAGAAGACAUAGGAGAGGAAUGCAUUAGACAUAUUCCUCUGGAAGGGGCCAGCUUUGAAUCAGUGGAAUGCAAAUCACCACCGAUAACACAUCCAGACACUAAUAUCAAAUGCCAAUUUAUAGAUGUACCUACUUUGGAAAAGAGGCAAGAAGAAAAAAGUUUUACAGGGUCUGAAAUUCCACCAUCAGAAAUGAUGGUGAAAAAAGAAGAUAACAUUGAGGGCAAAAAGAAAGCGGCAGGCGACCCGACAUUUAAGGAUACUGCUGCCAAGUUGCCACAGGUGCCUACUUUUCCAUCUGUAAUGCUUUCACACAAUAGCCAGAUGUGUACCAGCAGAACAUUGCAUAAAGCAGAUGAUGCAGCCACUCUAUUAGAUGGUAGCCGGACAGUGGGCGAAAAGGAUAAAGCUCAGACAUUUGUUGCAAAACCAUCACCUGCAUUACAAGUGGGAAUUACCAAAGUUCAUCCCAGUAUUAUACCCUCUAUGGACAUUAUGGGCGCAGAAACUGAAAACAUUAAACGAGAACCAGCUGACACAUCAGAUCUUAUGAAGCCCUCACCAAGGGAAUAUCAGCCUUUCAGGAUGUAUCAGCCCAAAACAAAACUGCCAGUAGCCACACAAUUAGCACCAUCAACAGGUUUCUCAUAUGCAGAUAUCCUCAAGCACAGCUUACCAGUAAUGCCUCCUCAGAAGCUCUCAGAUGCUAGGCCUGUGGGCACACAACAGAAGGAUGCUUCAGUGGUUGCAACCAGGCUUAGAUCUCUUUUUAGAGGUGAGAAAAUGUUGACAAUGCAGCAAACAUGCACUAGAGGUCAGGAAACAACCAGUGCAGAGAAGCAGGAAGGGGUUCAGAAUACAGAGAUAAUAAAGAGAGCGCAAUUCAGCAAUAAGUUUGGAGGAAUCUAUCAUAGAAAAUCAGAGAACUUGCAGGAGAAGAUGACCACUACAAACCCAAAGACAGAGGACACUAAGCAAGCACCAGUGGAUUCAAACAGACCUGUGAGUCCACUGUGUUUUACAUACACAGGUGAAAAGCCCAAAUAUGACUGGAUUUCUCCCCCUAAAAUGCCACAGGAAUAUUUCACAGUCAGUGAGUCUUGUAAUAGAGAGGAGAAGACUCAAGCCUUUGUGCCAGAACACUUAGAUAUGUUACACAGAAAGGACCAAGAAAAGGUACAUGACAUAAUCACAUCUAGGCCAAGAGAUCUUAUUCCUGAGAACUUUACAGAUUCUUCCAUUAGGAACCCACCAGAACACAGACCUGGCUCUUUUGCCGGAACUGACAAGCAAGGAGUGUUGUCUAAAACUAGUCCAGUUUCAAAGCAAUGCAAGUCUACGCAGGAAGUCACUGACUGUGCCACUACUUUUAGUAAACUUGGAGCGAUACCUAAGAAAAAAGUGGAAGCUGUACUACCACAAGCCAAGGAUCUAUCAACUCUGAAAUCUGCAUCAUCAAAGGGGCAUUCAAUUAAACAGCCCCGCGGCCAACGAAAAUCCCCACGGAAGCCGCCUAAAGACAAGGCUGCCCCACAAACAAACAUCUUCCCACCACAGACUGGGAGAAUUGACCAAACUCUAGUGAAGCACCAGAUUAAUGUCUCUGAUUGGAAUAAACCAUUACCUAUUGAUCCUCAUUUGACACAGAUACAAACAGAGGAAUCUACAAAUUCUAAACACUCAGCUCAGUCUCUCCCAGUAGUGAAGAAAGCAGCAUCUGAUGAACUCACUGCGUGUACACAAACUCAGACUGACAACAUAAUUCUGGAUGAGAAAACUCAGGAUCCUGCACCAGCAGAACCGCCUCCCACAAUAUGGAAAGAUUUCUAUGUAGACACCACUUGCACUAAGAAAUGUAGGUGCAAACAUCGUCCAGGAAAGCUACCCCCAAAUGUAACAACGUGGUUGUCAGUGUCAGAGAACAGGCUGGCAGAACCCCCUGGGAUCAUCACACUAAAAUUGGCAUCCUCUCUGGUAGUAGGAACCAAACUUCUGCUCGAUCACACUGCUUCCACCGUUCCUAGGGACAGCAGUACCACGCAGAGGGAGCAGCUGAAAUAAAAGUGAACAUGGUGCUGGUCUGAAGUCUGAACUGAUAAACAUUACGCAUACACCCCUCCCUCUCUCCCACAUUGCUUACCUUUUCCAAGUUUCCCUGUAAUAGUUCUUAUUCGUUUAAUAGCCUUAUUAGAAAAUCUUACCUCAUCCCGCGAUCUCUGUGUCUUCUGCUACAAACAUCUGUGGUCUAUGGAAGUGGUUUCCAAAUGCGGUCCUCAAGGAACUUCAACAGUCCUGGUUUUAGGCAUAGUAUAUCCCUGCUUGUGCACAGAUAGUAUAAUCAAACUGAUAGGUACAAAUUUAAAUCACCUGUAUCAAAGCAUGGCUAUUCUUAAAACCUGGACCGUUGGGGUGCCUUGACGAACGCCUUUGCGAACCAUAGGUCUAUGAAGUAGUGAACUUUAAACAACUUCUACUGGAAUGGUGAGGACGAGCUGUGUUUGGUUAUCCACAAUAAACAUUUUUCUAUGAUAUUUAAUCCUCAGGACUCGGCUAUUGAGAUGAGUCCUUUAAGGUGUUAGCUCUCUCUGCCAGAGAAGAAUCUUGACCUGUAGGCAUCUGAUAAUUUGCUAACUUGCCAAAAGCUGCAUUACCAACCAGGAAGGGUUUGAACUGUGUGGAGGAUUUUUAUUUGUUACAUUGUGAAGAUAUUAUGUCUACUCCAAGUGCUAGGGGUAAUCUUACCUACAGCCACUGACUCACCUAUAAGGCAGUAAUAAAGAACAAUUGGCAAUACAUGGAUCCAUAAUCAAUACUGACAGUAUACAUGUCUACAACUAUAUGCUACUUUAUGACCCCGGGAGUCCAAGAUUAUUAUAUACAUUCAUAUAUUUUGUAUGUUAUAUUGUAAAAUGUUAUAUUUCUUUUUUUCUUUUUUUUACGAUUAGUAAAUUGUUCUCAUGUUA